AUGGAGCCGCUCGCCAUCAUUGGCAUGGCAUGCCAAUUCCCCCAGGAAGGGGACAACAAUGAGAACUUCUGGAAGAUGCUCAUGACCGGGAAAUCCGCCAUGACACGAGUUCCCAAGAACAGGUUCAAUAUGGACGGCCAUUUCCAUCCAGAUGUUGAGCACGGCGGAACAUUUCAUGUGAAGGGAGCGCAUUUCAUGGCUGCUGAUCCAGCUGAAUUUGAUAACCAGUUCUUCUCAAUACCCAAGUCUGAGGUCUUGUCCCUCGACCCGCAGCAAAGACUGCUGAUGGAGAAUGUCUAUCAUGCUCUAGAGAAUGCUGGCAUUCCAAUGGACAGAGCAGUAGGAUCAAACACAUCAGUAUUCAGCAGCGGCUUCAACCAUGACUACCUUCAGCUGCUCAAUAGCGACCCAGAGAUCAAGCUCAAGUACAAGCCGAUGGGAACAAGCAACUCCAUUCUUUCCGGCCGCAUCAGCUGGUUCUUUGAUUUCAAAGGCCCGAGCCUCACGGUGGACACUGCCUGCUCCAGCAGCAUGGUAGCGUUCCACCUGGGAGCCCAGAGCUUACGGGAUCACGAGUCUGACAUGACGGUUAUUUGCGGUGUCAACGUAUUCACAUACCCCACAGACUGGUUCGGCAUGGACCACCACGGUUUCUUUGCAGGAGAUGGAAAGUCUUACAGCUUUGACCAUCGCGCCAGUGGAUACUCCCGUGGAGAAGGCGUUGCCACAGUCCUUGUCAAGCGACUGUCUACCGCGCUUCGAGAUGGCGACACUAUCCGGGCUGUCGUGCGUGCAACCGGCCUCAACCAGGACGGAAGAACACCUGGUAUUACACUGCCUAGUGCAGCCGCCCAGGAGCAGAUGAUCCGCGAGGUGUACAUGCGCGGAGGUUUAGACUUGGCGCAAACGGCUUAUAUCGAAGCUCAUGCUACGGGGACUGCUGCCGGAGAUCCGAUUGAGGCGCGAGCAAUCGCUAACUCCUUCAAUACUGUCGACCGAGAGGCACCAUUGAUUGUGGGAGCUGUUAAGUCGGCUAUUGGGCAUACAGAAGGCGCGUCGGGCCUCGCCGGUAUCAUCAAGUCUGUGAUGGUGCUGGAGUCUGCUAUGAUUCCACCCAACACCAACUUUGAGAAGGUGAAUCCAAAAAUUCCCAUUGACAAAUGGCAGCUCCAUCUGCCCUUGCAGCCGACACCGUGGCCCUCGCCCGGCCUUCGACAAGUUUCCAUCAACUCUUUCGGCUUUUCCGGUACCAAUGGCCAUGUGGUGUUGCAAGACGCCCGACACUACCUCGAAGAGCACAAGUUGGUUGGAUUCCACAGAACAGCGCCCUACCCAGCUCAUGCCAACAGGAGCACCACCAAUGGCAUCAACCAGGCCAAUGGCCAGAGUGCCAAUGGUAAUGGAGCAGUCAAUGGUGCGGCGAAGGGGGAUACUAGUGAUGAUCGAGUAUCCACGGCAGGCCGCACUCCCCUCCUCUUUCCAAUUACCUCCUUUGAUGAGCAGGGGGUUCAGAGAAACGCCCGCUCGCUCGCCACGUAUCUGAAUGAUCAACUGCUCUCUGACGCUUCGAGCAGGACAAAGAGUUACCUGCAAGAUUUAGCAUACACGCUAACGGCAAAGCGAACUGCUUUCCAAUGGCGGUCGUUUUGUCUUGCCAGCAGUGUAGCUGAUCUUGCAGAGACGUUAGCGGCAGACUCAUCCCUUGCGAAACCAGUGAGGACAAGAGCUGCUCCCAAUAUUGCUUUCGUCUUUACUGGUCAAGGGGCACAAUGGUUUGACAUGGGAAGGGAGCUUUUGGCCUUCCCUACCUUUGAAGAAAGUCUUGAAACGGCCUCCAAGUAUAUGCAAGAGCUGGGGAGCUCAUGGUCUCUUUAUGAUGAGCUCUUGAAAGAUCAAGAGAGUUCUCAGAUUGACAAGCCACACUUGGCUCAUCCCUCUUGCACCGCUAUUCAGGUUGCUCUUGUCGAUCUAUUGUCCUCCUGGAAUCUACGCCCAACACGUGUGGUAGGCCACUCGUCAGGCGAAAUCGCAGCAGCAUAUUGCGCUGGCAAGAUCAGCAGACAGACGGCUUGGAAGGUUGCCUACUUCCGUGGCCACGUCUCCAGCAAGGUUUCAACCGAUGGGUCAAUGCUUGCGGUUGGGUUGACGGCCUCGGGAUUGAGGGAGUAUCUCGAUAAGGUGCACGCUCGGUUGCCUGGCGAACUCACGAUAGCAUGCUACAACAGCCCCAAGAACCACACCAUAUCCGGAGAUACUGCCAAGAUUGACGAGUUGAAAAGAAUUCUGGAUGACAAGGGAAUCUUCGCCAGGAAACUCAAAGUCAAGACAGCGUAUCAUUCAUCACAUAUGAGAGCCGUCGCAGGCGAAUACUUGGGCCUGCUGGGCGACAUGGAAUCCUCAGACGCUGGCAUUUCUGCGGACAUGUACUCCAGCGUCACAGGGGCUCGGGUUGAGGGUGCCAUAACCGCUCAGUAUUGGGUCGACAACCUGGUGUCGCCGGUGAGAUUUACCGAUGCUCUUCUAAAGAUGUCUCUAGAAAGCCCCAAGAGCUCACUGCGGGUAAAUACCAGCAACGGUGUGAUACAAGAAGUUAUCGAAGUUGGCCCCCACUCAGCACUUCGGAGCGCAAUCAAGGAAACUUUUGCAAGUCACUUCAACGAAAGCCAGGCCAUCGGUUAUCAUGCAGUGCUGGAUCGUAACAAUCCUGGCACCGAGACUCUGCUGAGAACCGUCGGUAACCUGUUCUCGCGUGGGAGUAUCGUCAACCUCGCUCUUGUGAACCAGGGGACGCUUCCGAUCCCGAGUGACGAGCGUCCCUCCAUGAUUGCCAAUCUGCCGCCUUAUGUGUUUAACCAUAGCCAGACCACUUGGUACGAAAGCCGCUUGAGCCGCAAUUAUCGAUUCCGCAAGUAUCCGCGCCACGACCUGUUUGGCGCUCCAGUGCCUGAUUGGAAUCCCGAGGAGCCAGUCUGGCGCAAUUUUAUUCGGAUCUCUGAGCAGCCUUGGCUAAGAGACCACGUUGUCACAGGCAGUAUUGUAUACCCAGGCGUGGGAUACAUCAUCAUGGCCAUAGAGGCUUCCAGGCAGAUCGCUUCACCAGAUUUGAAGCUUCUCGGAUUCCACCUCAAAGACAUCUCCAUCAAAAGUGCUCUCAUUGUUCCCGACAACAAAGAAGGUAUUGAGGUCAAGUUCUCCAUGGUUGGCAUGGACGAAUCCAGUCUUGAAAAGUCCAAAGUUUGGAGAAAGUGGACCGCGGCCAGCUACAAUACGGUGGCAGACAACUGGGUCGAGCACUGCACGGGUUAUAUCCAGACCCAGUAUCAAGUCACCCCCGGCCCCAUCGACGAUGGCCUCGAGGACGCAUCAGAGGCACUUGUGUCAAAGAAGCUGCUUCAGGACAGCGUCAAACGCUGCACCACGCCCACAAGCAUCAACUAUGACAACCUGGACACCGUGGGUUUGCAUUUCGGGCCCUUGUUCCAGAACUUAUCAGAAGUCGUGGUGAACAAGGGGCAAGGUGAAGUGUCAUCAGUGAUUACAGUGCCGGAUGUUGCCAAGGUUAUGCCCAAGAGCUUUCUCCAUCCUCACAUGAUUCAUCCAUCAACGUUGGAUAGCAUGAUGCACCUCUUUAUUGCUGGCGUACUCGAUGUCACAGAUAAGACUACUUUGGAGUCUCCCAUGGUGCCCACUUUUAUCAAGGAUGUCCGCAUUUCUGCUGACAUUGAGAACAGCCCCGGGCACCAGUUCCGAGGGUUCGGAGUCUCCAAGCUGACGGGAUUUCAGAAAUUUCAUAGUGACAUCACUAUCUGGGAUGAGGCCACGAAGACUGAGAGAAUCGCCGUCAGGGGAUGGUCGGGAAAAUCUCUGGGAUCAGAAGUGUCUUCCGUCGAGGCGAAGAAGCUGUGCCACACAAUUGAGUGGAUGCCAGACCUCAACCUCGUCAAGCAGCCCAAGCUCAAGGCAAAGCUUGCUUCGGAUCGGGAGAAUGAAGAAUAUCGACAGAAUGUCAGGCGCCUACAAUUAGCCUCAGUGCUUUUUGUCAUGCUUGCCUUGGAGGACCUGAAGGACUAUCCCGUCGGCAAGCUGGAAGGCCACUUUAGGAAUUACUAUGCGUGGUGCGUCAAAGUCCGAGAUGACCUACAUCAAGGCAUGCUGCCCCAUCUCGACAUUGCCGAAUGGAAACGAUAUAUGGAAAGUAAGUCACUGCGAGAGGCUCUCUUCAGUCAGAUCGAGGAGUACAAUGCAGACGGCCAGCUGCUUGUUCGAACGGGCAGGGCUCUAGCGGCGGUGAUGAGGAGAGAGAUUGACCCUCUGCAGCUGAUGUUCGGUCAAGACAACAUUCUCGAUGAGUUGUACAGAAACAUGGUGGAGUCUGGAAAUCUGCCAGCUCUCUUGAAGGCUUACCUAGAGAUUGUCCACCACAACAACAUCAAUCUCAACAUCAUGGAAAUUGGUGCCGGAACGGGUUCACUAUCCGCUCCUGUAUUAGAAGCCCUGGGCCCAUCAGCCGCCGACGAAGCAAGGCUCUUGAAUGACUCGGCCAUCGCCAGAUAUACUUAUACCGAUGUGUCGUCGGCAUUUUUUGAGAAGGCCAAGGACAAGUUCAAGAGAUGGAGAAACGUGCUCGAGUUCAAGACCUUCAACAUCGAAAACGAAGCUGCGGAGCAAGGCUUUGAGCAAGGCACAUAUGACUUCAUUUUUGCUGGAAACGUUAUCCAUGCCACCGCCGAUCUUGAAAAAGUCCUGGCCAACCUUCGAUCGCUGUUGAAGCCAGGGGGCAAGCUGGUGAUGCACGAGGGCAUUCGUCAAGAUCUCCUCUGGCUUCCACUAUCAUUUGGUCAGCUGAAGGGUUGGUGGCUGAGUGUAGAGGAGAACCGAAAGUUCUGCCCGUCCAUCUCUGAGGGAGAGUGGGAUGUUAUACUCCGUCAAGCUGGAUUCACUGGCAUCACAACGGUACUCACAGAUCGCGAAGUUGCCGAUAUUCGGGGACAGAGUAUCAUGGUUGCCGAAAAUAACGAGGUCAUUGGCGUGCAAGAUGCUAACAGAAGGGUGCACAUCAUCUCCUCGAAGGCGACACAGAGCCUGGCAACUGCUCUGCAAUCCAGAAUCACCAACGACUUCGGAUACAAGAACUGCUCAAUUGUGACACUUUCGGAUUUGUCGGGCGAAGAGCUGAUCUAUGACAUUUGCAUCUCUCUCGUUGAUUUGGAGCGACCUCUCCUCGCAGACUUCACGGAACAGCAAUACAACGACCUCAAUCAUGUCAUCUCGACUAGCGAUGGUGUGCUCUGGCUUUCAGGAGACUUCCAAAAAGAUCCAGCACAAUACAUGAUCACUGGUGUCAUCAGAACUGUUCGCUGGGAGCGGGAUCUAGACGCUCCCAAUCUGAUUACUUUGUCGGCAGCAGAGCCUCGGCCCGACGAUGACAUGUUCAUCGCCUCCAUCCUGUCCGUGUUCAAGCAUCAGUUCGUUGAUGAUAUCGAAGACGGCAGCAAAAACGCCGAAUAUUAUCUGAAGGAUCAUGAGUUGCUCACCAAUCGUCUGGUCGAUGCUCAGAAUGUCAACGGCUUUGUCCACUCCCACUUUGCUGAAGCUGACCCAAAGCAAAUACCACUUGGCGAGGCUGGCCGGCCUGUUAUGCUGGAUACAUCCUCUCCGGGCUCAUUGAGCGCCCUCCACUUCGCUACAGACCCGGUCUGGUCCCGCCCCAUGGGCGACAACGAGGUGGAAGUGGAAGUCCAAGCCGUCGGCCUUAACUUCCGAGAUGUGCUGAUCGCCAUGGGUGAACAUGUCGCGGCCUGUCUUGGAAACGAAGCGGCAGGCUACGUCACCCGUAUUGGCUCCAAGGUCACCAACGUCCAAGUCGGUGACAGAGUCGUCUACAUGAACGGACUUGUUGACGGCGGAUGUCUCAAGACCUAUGGACGGCAAAGCGCGGAUGCCGUGGUCAAGCUUCCGGAUGCCGUGAGCUUCGAAGACGCUGCCAGUCUCCCCUGCGUGUAUUCCACGGUCCUCAACGGACUCUAUGACAUUGCGCGCCUGUCCGAGGGCGAGACGGUCCUCAUUCAUGCCGCUGCUGGAGGUGUAGGCCAAGCAGCAAUUCAGCUGGCGAAUCUCGUGGGGGCAGAGAUAUUUGCCACUGUAUCUACUCCCGAGAAGCGAGAUCUGCUCAUUAACGAAUAUGGCGUGAAGAAGGACCACAUCUUCUCAAGCCGAGAUUUGUCCUUUGUCAAGGGUAUCAAGCGCAUGACGAACAACCGCGGCAUUGACGUUGUACUGAACUCGCUUUCAGGAGAUUUGCUGCGUGCUUCAUGGGAUGUUCUCGCUCCGUUUGGCCGAUUCAUCGAGAUCGGUAAGAAGGACGCCCAGGCAAACGGAAGAAUUGACCUCAGCCCUCUCUUACGCCAGACAGUCAUGGCAAGUGUUGAUCUGACGACCAUCAUGCACUACAAGCCAAAAAAACUCGGACAACUUAUUGCUGAGGCUGUUCGACUAUUCGCCGAAGGCAAGAUUCAGCUUGCCAAGCCUACUCGGGUUUUGAACUACACACAGAUUGAGGAGGCAUUUCGCUCAUUGCAGUCCGGCAAGAGUAUGGGAAAGACUGUGUUCAAGCCCAACCCCAGUGACAUCGUUCCGAUUAUGCCUGAGAAGCCAUCCCCAUUGCAGUUUGACCAAAGUGGCUCGUACGUCCUUGCUGGCGGCCUUGGAGGCUUGGGGCGGAGCAUUGCACGAUGGAUGGUGUCCCGCGGAGCCAAGCAUCUCAUCUUCAUUUCUCGAUCAGGAGCGGCGAGCGACUCUGCCCAGGAACUGGUACACGAGCUGGAAGCAGCUGAUUGCAACGUUCACGUCUUCGCUUGCGACGUAAGCGACGAGGCUGCACUAUCCAAGGUUAUAGACGAUUGUAAGGCUAGGUUGCCCGAGAUCAAAGGCUGCGUUCAAGGCUCAAUGGUUCUCAAGGACUCGAUGUUUGAGAACAUGUCUUAUGAAAGCUUCCAAGCAGCAUUGAGGCCCAAGUUCCAGGGCUCGUGGAAUCUCCACAAACUGCUGCCCACAAGCAUGAGCUUUUUCCUUCUUCUUUCAUCCGCGACAGGUAUUCUGGGCAACCGUAGCCAGGCGAAUUAUGCGGCGGGCAACACGUACCAGGACGCAUUGGCCAUACACCGGCGCUCACUUGGCCUCCCAGCAACGAGUAUUGACUUGGGCAGCAUCCUCUCAGUUGGUUACGUUGCCGAGAACAAGACUCGCCUCAAGACGAUUCCCACCAUCUCUUCGGUUCUGGAGUCCAUCCGUGAGGACGAGAUCCACUUGAUCCUCGAGUAUCACCUUGAUAGGCGAUACCCAGGACCAAGCCAGACUGUUUCCGGAUUGCCAAAUGCUGGGAUGUACAAGCAGCGUCGUAUGCCCGUACCGAGCUACCUGUAUCUUCCCAUGUUCCGCCACCUCCAGAGUGAAACGAGCACCGCGACUGAAGCUGUCGAGGAUGACCCCAUCCUGCUCGUCCCGGUCCAACUGGCGGCCGCAACAAAGGUCGAAGAAGCCGUCGCCAUCGUCUCCAACGGAAUCCGGCUCAAGCUUUCCAAGCUCCUCUCAAUGGCCGCUGAUGACAUUGAUCCCGGCAAGUCGAUUAGCUCGAAUGGUGUGGACUCAUUGGUUGCUACAGAGUUUAGGACAUGGCUGGGAAAGACGCUGAAGGCUGACCUGCCCAUGCUGGACAUUAUGGGAACCAGCAGCAUUCUCACCUUCAGCGAGAAGGUCGUCAGUCUCAGCAAGUUGGUUCAAAUUGCGGCCAGCAGUUAG